AUGGCAAAUGAAACACCACCUGGUCAAACUUUUUCCUCGAAUGAGGCAGCGUUAGCUGUCGAAGAAAGGGCGCCCUUAAAGAGGAAGUCCGACGAAAUCUUGGGGAAUGACCAAAAGAGACGGCAGCGCAGCGAGGAGUCGUCGAUUGUGGAACAAGAUCGGAGAGUUAUUAUUAGUGAGUUGUUUGAUACUUAUGGACUGUAUAAUUAUAGCUGUAUGUGAACCAAAACAAUAAUAGCAUUGAAGGCUGGUUUGUAGAUGUUGAAGUUCAAAUUUAUCCUUUGUCCGCAUUUAAUUUUCCUAUCCUUCAUUUCAAUCUUACUAUUAUCGGGAGAAUUGGUUAAAGAACCAAGUAUUUUUCUCUAGGUGAUGAUCAUUUUAUUAAUAGACCUUGUCACGGUUUUCGACGCCAUCUUGACGAGUAGGCAAACGUGUGAGAAAUUACAGUGUUUGUAUGAGAAUCUAAUGUCGAAUAAUUGCCGUAAAACGGAUCUUCUGAAAGAAAUAUCGAUUGUAAACUAAAGCUAUAUUGUACUAAAAAAUUUGGGAGGCGUACCUGUGCUUAAGUUUCUUCAGACACUUGCUUUAGAUUUUCUAUAUAUUUGUCUGUAAUUUUUCCCGGGACUUUCUUACAGACAAAUGUAUAGAAAAUAGAGUACUAAAGUGUGACGUCAUAAAAAUGAAAUUUCUGAAAUUAUGGGAUUUGUCAGGAUAUUCUGAAAGAACAAUGUCCAAGAGGCCUACUUGCCAAAAAUGAGCAUUUGGGGGCAGUCCCCGGUUGGCCUUUAAUGCCCACAGGAGGCAAUUUUUGUCACAUGCAAGGAGCUAAUAUAAAGUGAAGUGGGAUGAGUGAGUUAUAUUAGUGCAGUAAGACAGCUGAAGAUAGUUCUGAGACAGGACAGUAUAAUUUAUCAUUGCUUCAGCCAAAAGCACUCAUGGUUUGCCGGGGCCUUGAAAAGUCCUUGAAAAUCGAAAAAUUGUGGGAUAUCCUUAAAAGUCCUUCAAUUUUUAUCAAAAGUCCUUGAAUAUUUUUGAAAGCUCCUUGAAUAAAAAUAACCUUUGUUUCAAAAAAGUGUUUUGUGCAAAAAACCUUGGUGAUCAGGUCAUUGUUUGAUCUACUGUACCAGCAAUCCCAGCUUCCUGAGAGGCAGAUUAGAGCAAAUCCAGGAUUAAACUUUUAGUGUGAUUGUGUUUAUCUUCCAGUAGAUUGUCUUAAAAAUAACUAAUUUUGUGUUAUCAUGUCUGGAUCUCAUAUUAAGCUCUGGUUACAUGUCCCUGUAGUAAAAAACCAGAGCUUAAAAUUUGGCUUAACGCUGGGUUAAACCUAACUGUCUUUUGAGGAAAAAGGCCCGGGGUCCAGUUAAGAAGAGGUUUUGGUGUAAAGUUAGUUUGGUUUGCACCUGUAAAUUAAGUAUUCUCAUCAUGUGCUGAUUUAUUAAACACUCUGCAAUGUAGGUGUUCUUCUAGACAUUUCCUCUUGGGUACUUUGUGAAUUCCAGGUACAAUAAUAACCUCUGGGUGCAAUUUCAUAGUGAGGUUGUGGCAGGGGGGUUGUGUGAGCCUCCUUCACAGAUUGUUAGUGAGACUUCUUCAAGCAAAGCAAAGCAAAGCCUUAAGAAUAUAAUAAUGCAUAAGACACUAGGAGAGUUGAUGUCUGCCAUGUUAUGACCUGUACAAUACAUGUACUCUUUGUUUGUUCAACCAACAUUGUCUGUAGGUAUACUUGCUAUUCAGGGGUGAUUAGUAGCCCUAUUUUAGCUGGCUACUGCAUUAUAACAACCCUGCCACUUUUAAGUUUGAAAGUGAGUCAAGCAAAACAAAUAUAGGAGGAUUUGCGUGAUAAAUGAUCAGCUACUUUCCCUAAAAGAUGAGCUACCUUUUAAAAAACCUUAUUGACAACCGUGAUGAUAAUUAGAUAAAUAACUAAGUACCAUCAACAUUUCAGAAACAUGAUGUGCCGUUAGCUUCCAUUCCAUGCUUUCACCAAAAAAAAGGAAUGGCUUUAGAGGAAGCAGAAGCCAAAGGUGGAAAUGAAGAGAAAGACAAACUAAUCGCGUGCCGCGUCGGUUUGCGUCACGCGCAGAAAAUGCCACGCGCUGCUUUCGAUUUUGCUUUGCGUAUGCAAGCAAAUUUCAAUUUCGUGUUUUGCGUUAGUUAACGAUUUUCUCUGAGGAUCCAUCAGUUAGUCAAUGCAUUAGCCGAAGCAUUCAAGUAUUGAGAAUCGAAACCUGUUCGACCUAAACAUCGAAAGCUUUCCUUGACAUAAUAAUGGCAAAUGAAACACCACCUGGUCAAACUUUUUCCUCGAACGAGGCAGCGUUACCAGUCGAAAAAAGGGCGCCCUUAAAGAGGAAGUCCGACGAAAUCUUGGGGAAUGAUCAAAAGAGACGGCAGCGCAGCGAGGAGUCGUCGAUUGCGGAACAAGAUCGGAGAGUUAUUAUUAGUGAGUUGUUUGAUACUUAUGGACUGUUUAAUAGCUGUAUGUGAACCAAACAAUAAUAGCAUUGAAGGCUGGUUUGUAGAUGUUGAAGGUCAAAUUUAUCCUUUGUCCGCAUUUAAUUUUCCUAUCCUUCAUUUCAAUCUUACUAUUAUCGGGAGAAUUGGUAAAAGAACCAAGUAUUUUUCUCUAGGUGAUGAUCAUUUUAUUAAUAGGCCUUGUCACGGUUUUCGACGCCAUCUUGACAAGUAGGCAAACGUGUGAGAAAUCACAGUGUUUGUAUGAGAAUCUAAUGUCGAAUAAUUGCCGUAAAACGGCUGUUCUGAAAGAAAUAUCAGUUGUAAACUAAAGCUACAAAGCAAAGGAUUGUACUAAAAAAUUUUGGGGACGUACCUGUGCUCAAGUUUCUUCAGAUGCUUGCUUUAGAUUUUCCAUAUAUUUGUCUGUAAUUUUUCCCGGGACUUUCUUACUGGCAAAUGUAUAGAAAAUUUAAAAACAUAGUUCUAGGUCUUCUAGUGCAUGGCACGCCCUUAAUUUUUUUCAGUAGAAUCCUUAGGGGUGAAGCUUUAGUUAACAAUUCAUAUUUCUUUCAGAACAACUGUUUUACGGCAAUUAUUCGAUAUUAGAUUUUCAUACAAACACUGUAAUUUCUCACGCGUUUGCCUACUCGGCAAGAUGGCAUCGAAAACUGUGACAAGGUCUAUUGUGAUUAUCUUUUCUCUUGGUUAUGUAUAGAUAUUGUCAGGAGAAACUUCAUGUUGAUCACUCUUGGGUCAAGAGCUUCCUUAAAAUUUGAUAUCUUGUUUCCCUCUGUAUGAUAUUCUGAUUAAGUUUCCUUUUUCAUUGAACAAUUUAAAGACUUUUCCUCUUAGGUUAACUGUUAUCUUCUUAGUGAAAGGUAGUCUCCCAAAGCUGGCUCUACCAGAUGGCUGGAUAGCACUGAACCAUCGUAGUGGUGGAAUUGUCUACCUUCAUAAACCAACACGAGUGUGUACUUGGUCCCGCCCCUAUCACAUUGGUGGAGGAAGUGUCAGGGUAUUGUGAUUCAUUAUUAAUUUUAUUACAUCAUUAUUAUUAUCUUUAUCUUUAUCAUCAUCAUCAUCAUCAUUUUUAUCAUUAUCAUUGUUGUUUUCAUUAUCAUUAUCACCAUUAUAAUGUUAAUAAUAUUAUCAUGAUCAACUUUAUUUCCAUUUUUUAAUCCAGACUUCAAGUUGUAUUUUUUUACAUGCUAGAAACCUCUGAUAUAUUGAAAGGAAACCUUAUUAAUUACUUAAAAUUUUGUUGUUAUUUUAAAAUAAAUUUCAUGAUUUGAAAUAUACAGGUAAUUUAAUUUAAAAAAUGUCAUUUAAAAUUAUUCUAGUUAUCAUUUAAACAAGCUUUAAGGACAGAAAAACAUCAUGACAACUAUGAUACGUUUUCCUUUUUGUGAAAUAUGUGAUGUAUUUUGCUUGAAGAAUUUUAUUAUUAACCAUUUCACUGGUUUUUAGUAAAUUGGUUUCUUAGAAAACCAUGGACAGCAUUUGAUUGCUUUCUUAAACCAUCGAAGUAUGCAUUCAUAAUUUAUUACUUUAAGUAACCUUUUUGCUGUAUAACCAGUUUUUCCACAUUAUAGUCCUUAAAGACAGCUUAAUAUAAUUUCACUGUACAGCUGAAUGGCUGCUCCAUAGUCAUAAUGAAUCUGUUUAAAAGUGAUCUUGGGAAUCUGUUUUGAUCUAAUAAUAUUGAGGCUUAAUUAUUUCAUGUACCAAUGAUAAAAAUAAAAUAAUUAUUAGUGAGAAUAUUAAACAUAAAAUUGAAUCUAUAUAUAUCUUUAUGGUCACCCACCUUUCACUUUUCUGCAUCUUGCGCUUGCCUUAAAACUGUCCCCGGUUGGCCUUUAAUGCCCACAGGAGGCAAUUUUUGUCACAUGCAAGGAGCUAAUAUAAAGUGAAGUGGGAUGAGUGAGUUAUAUUAGUGCAGUAAGACAGCUGAAGAUAGUUCUGAGACAGGACAGUAUAAUUUAUCAUUGCUUCAGCCAAAAGCACUCAUGGUUUGCCGGGGCCUUGAAAAGUCCUUGAAAAUCGAAAAAUUGUGGGAUAUCCUUAAAAGUCCUUCAAUUUUUAUCAAAAGUCCUUGAAUAUUUUUGAAAGCUCCUUGAAUAAAAAUAACCUUUGUUUCAAAAAAGUGUUUUGUGCAAAAAACCUUGGUGAUCAGGUCAUUGUUUGAUCUACUGUACCAGCAAUCCCAGCUUCCUGAGAGGCAGAUUAGAGCAAAUCCAGGAUUAAACUUUUAGUGUGAUUGUGUUUAUCUUCCAGUAGAUUGUCUUAAAAAUAACUAAUUUUGUGUUAUCAUGUCUGGAUCUCAUAUUAAGCUCUGGUUACAUGUCCCUGUAGUAAAAAACCAGAGCUUAAAAUUUGGCUUAACGCUGGGUUAAACCUAACUGUCUUUUGAGGAAAAAGGCCCGGGGUCCAGUUAAGAAGAGGUUUUGGUGUAAAGUUAGUUUGGUUUGCACCUGUAAAUUAAGUAUUCUCAUCAUGUGCUGAUUUAUUAAACACUCUGCAAUGUAGGUGUUCUUCUAGACAUUUCCUCUUGGGUACUUUGUGAAUUCCAGGUACAAUAAUAACCUCUGGGUGCAAUUUCAUAGUGAGGUUGUGGCAGGGGGGUUGUGUGAGCCUCCUUCACAGAUUGUUAGUGAGACUUCUUCAAGCAAAGCAAAGCAAAGCCUUAAGAAUAUAAUAAUGCAUAAGACACUAGGAGAGUUGAUGUCUGCCAUGUUAUGACCUGUACAAUACAUGUACUCUUUGUUUGUUCAACCAACAUUGUCUGUAGGUAUACUUGCUAUUCAGGGGUGAUUAGUAGCCCUAUUUUAGCUGGCUACUGCAUUAUAACAACCCUGCCACUUUUAAGUUUGAAAGUGAGUCAAGCAAAACAAAUAUAGGAGGAUUUGCGUGAUAAAUGAUCAGCUACUUUCCCUAAAAGAUGAGCUACCUUUUAAAAAACCUUAUUGACAACCGUGAUGAUAAUUAGAUAAAUAACUAAGUACCAUCAACAUUUCAGAAACAUGAUGUGCCGUUAGCUUCCAUUCCAUGCUUUCACCAAAAAAAAGGAAUGGCUUUAGAGGAAGCAGAAGCCAAAGGUGGAAAUGAAGAGAAAGACAGCUUUCUGUCAAAGCAAGGAGCUUCAAUUUUGAAUGCACUAAAUAUGAGCGAGAUGAAUAGCGAUGAUGGGACACCAAAGGAGGAUGCUGAUAUUGAGAAAGCACACCUUGUUGAGGGGCAGGAAAGAAAUGGACUGGAUGUGAUCAUGAGCCUUGCCAAUUCAGAUGGUGUGACAGAAAGUAAUGAGGUGACUGGUGUGGAGAUGGAUGAUGUGACACAAAAGGAUGCUGUGACAAAGAGAAGUGAUUUGGAAACACAACACUCACAAGUUGUAGAGGAUUGUAGCUCUUCUAAACAGCAGGAAGGUUUGGGAAAUGAGACAUCUAUGAAACCUGAAAAACUCGUUGAAGAGAGCAGUGGACCUCCGUUGGAUCUAGUAGAUGCUAAAGAGCUUGGAUCAUAUCUUUCAAAUUUAUGGGAAUUUCAACCUCUCACUUCAGACCAAGAAAAGAAUGCUGUCAACUUCCAGCCACAAGUUUCUGAUGACCUUGAACUGCCAGCUUCUUUAGAAUGUCAACCAUACGCACUGAAAGGUCCAGACAAUUCCAAGCAAUCAGGCAAAGACCUAUUACUAAAUCCGGGAGGCAAAACUCCAGUAGCACUUUUACAUGAAUACUGUCAACGAACUUUCAAAACUAAACCAGUUUAUCUAUCCAGUGAAUGCGAGAGCGCACAAACACCAUUUAUGGCUGAGGUUCAGAUAGAUGGAAUCAAGUAUGGAAUUGGAACAGGGUCAAACAAGAAAGUAGCGAAACAGGUUGCCGCUGAGGCAACACUAGAAGUGUUGAUGCCUGGAGUUUUCAACAAAGUGCGUGAUUACCAGAUAUCAAAAGCUGAAUUAGAGGUAGGGAAAAAUCAUAAGAAUCAUCAUUAAAAAAAUCUUUUCAGAUAGUUUUCUUAUCGUUUUAUGAUAAUUUGAUUUUUCCUACUUUGAUUGACUCUCUUAAGUAACUGGUGUUUCAAUUCGUUAAAUUCAGUUGUUUAAAUCUUUAUUUACCAUUUUUAUUUAUACCCACUGUAAUAAUAUCAAGUGAAGGCCUCACAAAACUGGGAGAUGAAAAAAUCACUACUUAAUGUAUUAGCCAUUUUAGAUUUUUUUGUAAGGCACACAAGAAACUUCCAAAUGAUAUUAGAGAGUUUUAGCUUCAUGUAUAUGUUGUGGUUCAAUUUUAUCCUUGGUUUAAAUUUUAUUUUCUUUUGUUUCAAACUCAUUAUCAUGCAUUACCGUACUCAAAAACAAAGGGAAAUAAAAUUUAAAUGAAGGAUAAAAUUGAACCAGAACAUAUACUUCAUACGGCAAAUGAGAAUUUUUACCACAUGACUAAGUUCUCCCAUUAAUUUUAGAACUUUACUGUUCAUUAUUUCUACACAUAAAUUAAUAGUUUCAUGCAUCUCUUAACCAUAAGAAUAAUUAUUGUUUUGAGCUGUUUUUAUUUGCCCAUUUUCUAUCUUGAGAAAUUCUCAACUUGAAUCAGAUGUUUGCCAUUUGCUGUCUACAUGAAGUUAAAACUCCCUCAUGUUAGCUCAGGGCAUCUUUCUUGGUUGCCUCUAUAUCGUCUACAGGUCUGGUGCAUGAUGGUUGAAUUAAAACCCUUCUAUGGUAUUUAUGCAAGUUGUAUAUUAUUACGUAUUAAUCCCUUAACUUGAUAUACAUGUAUUUGUUUGCUUGUACACUGCACAGUUUUUUGACAAAAUAGACAUCGGUGAUCCCCGGAUCCCGGAGUUCUGUUCAAAGACAACACUUCCUAAUCCAUCACAAAUCCUUGACGAAUGUUUAAAAAGGUGAGGGCCUGUUGAAUAUGUUGAUGUGUAUCUUUUUUUUUAAUAUGAAGAAAUUACAAUCAACUUUCUCUAAACAGAUGCCUCUAUUUGACAUACAUCCCCCUUAUAAGGACGCUUAGAGUCGGUUACUUGAAUGAUGUCUAAUUUACAGCUGUAGCUCAUAUGGCCUAAGAAAUCUUUGGACCUCCAGAUUUCUUCCUUAGUUAGUGAUUUAAUGAAGAUAAGUGCCUUUCUAGUCUAUGCAAUAUGCUUUCAUGAAGCUGUUCUUUAGAUGUAUGUGUUGGGAAAGCUCAAAAUGUACAAUUAGGUCAUUUUGUUAGCACUGUCUAAAAACUGUUUAAAUGACCAAUCCUUUACACUUUUUGGGCAGACACAGAGCUGACUGUAUAUGCAUCCUCAAGAUUUUUUGUUUGUCCUCAUUCUUGUGUAGAUUCUUUUCAACAACCCCUGUAUUGAAUAUAACACAUAAGGAAUGUUAACAUGAUAAAAUAUUGCAAAGGACAUUUACAACCAGGCAGCUUCUUACUAAAAAAUAGUAAUGAUAUUGUGCCUCUAACUGUUGACUGCUUUAUCACAUUGUGGCUGGCUGUCACAGAUUUUGACAAUCUGCUUGUCUCCCUGCCUGCUUGCCUAUCUGUCUGUCUUUCUGCCUCUCUCUUUGUCUGUCUGUCUGCCUGUCUGUUUAUCUGUCUGUCUGCCUGCCUAUCUAUCCAUCUGUCUGUCGUCUGUCCAUCCAUCUGCCCGCCUGCCUGCCCAUCUGUCUGUCAGCCCGCUUGCCUGCCUGUCUUUCCAUGUGUCGGUCCGUCUGUCAUCCAUCCAUCCAUCUGCCCUCUAGCCUGAAUUUCUUCCGAUUACUUCGAGUCGUUAUUACUCCCUCAGUAACAUCUGAAUCGACUGGCCGUUAAUGCGGUCCAGUGACGUCACUACUCUUUGAUCUUUGCUUUAAUUCAUGCAAAAAGUAAAACACGAUUUUCAAGUGGCAAAACGAGAAAUAUUGUUUGGAAAUGUCUGCAUGAUACAGAACUGCUUUGUUUUUUCAUAUUUAUUUAUUUAUUUUUCAUAAUUAUACAUAAUUAUGCGAAUGUUUAGACAAUCAACCAAUCAAAAUCACUACCCGGUUUUCGGGUAGUGAGUGACGUCACUGGACGGCAUUAACGGCCGGUCGAUUCAGACGUUGUUGAGAGGAGAAAACAACUCGAAGCAAUGGGAUGAAUUUCAGGCUAUCUGCCCUCCUGGCUGCCUGUUUUUCCAUCCAUCCACCUGUCUGUCUGUCCGUCCGUCUGUCUGUCGGUCCAUCUCUCUCUCUGCAGUCAACUGUUUAACCAUAGUCUGGAACACAACUUAGCCAUCAACAGGUUCCCUGAAUUUGCUCUCUUUUAAUUGCAGAAACCAAGGUGUAUGUCCCUCUUCUAUCAACUUCACAACCGUCUGUGCGCCAGACAGAAGUCUCUCGUAUAAAAUAACCUGUGGCAAACACGAAGCAAUGGUAUAACACUCUUUCUCUAAUAGGCCAUAUAAUAAUAACUAAUAAUAAUAACUUUAUUUCUAUAGCGCUCUUUUCCUAUGUUCAAGGUGCUUUACAGUCAAAGUCAAGGUCUUUACAGUCAUAUCCCCUCUGUCAGUUUUUAGGAUGGAGGAUUAUNACCAUAGUCUGGAACACAACUUAGCCAUCAACAGGUUCCCUGAAUUUGCUCUCUUUUAAUUGCAGAAACCAAGGUGUAUGUCCCUCUUCUAUCAACUUCACAACCGUCUGUGCGCCAGACAGAAGUCUCUCGUAUAAAAUAACCUGUGGCAAACACGAAGCAAUGGUAUAACACUCUUUCUCUAAUAGGCCAUAUAAUAAUAACUAAUAAUAAUAACUUUAUUUCUAUAGCGCUCUUUUCCUAUGUUCAAGGUGCUUUACAGUCAAAGUCAAGGUCUUUACAGUCAUAUCCCCUCUGUCAGUUUUUAGGAUGGAGGAUUAUCAUGUAAGGCUUUUCUGAGAGGAAUGCAUGCACUAGGAAUUUGACAUACCAAACACUCACAAAAAGGGAAUACGUGCAAAAAAGUCUUGGUCUUUUUUUUAACAAAAGUGCACCCGGAGGCUUCCAUCAUGAAAGCAAUUGACAAACUAAGGGAGGAGGCCCAGGCAAGGGGCAGGAGUGUGGAGAAAAAUUUUUCCUCUCCUCUCCCCUUCUCCUCCUUUCUUUUGAACCAUCAACCUCUCCCCUUGGAAUCAUUUUUUUUUUACUUGCGCUAAUACUCUGACUCUGUCAGUUUCAACUUCCAAAUUGUUCGCACCACAAAAUACAAUUGCUUUGCGGGCUAAAAAAGUCUAAGUUUUUCAUUUUAUUUUUUGUCUUAGUUCUUAAUGUGUGACAUAAUUAUCUUUUCAGGGUCCUUGUAAAAACAAGCGACUUGGAAAGCAGUUGGCUGCACAACAAAUUUUAAAGGUACAACCGUUGUUUUCUUUGACAUUCCACUCUCCUUUUAUGUGGAGUAGUUGUAGAUAAAAUCUCUUUGCAGAAUAAACCAGUAUUCAUCUUAGGGUGCUUUCCAUUAAUUUUGUCAGAACUGACCGGUCAGACUGUUCCCGUUGCGAUGAUGACUGGUCAGGCAAUGGUCAAGCCGGCCAGUUCUGACAAAUGGAAAGCGUCCUUAGUUUUGAUUCAGAGUUUUCUUUGUUUCCUAACCCCAUUUAUUCAUAGGGAAAUCCUGAUUUAACCUGAGAAUAAAUUUUACCUGCAAAAGAUACACAUCUAACUUUUAUAAGUUGACCUGACCAUUUUAUCAGCGCUUUUGUUCCUGACCCCUUUACAAGUUGAUCCUUACAAAACUUCAUUACUCUCCAUGACAGACUCAUACAGUAUCAGUGCCAACAGCUUCUGUCUUAAGGUGAUGUUACACGGGACUAUUUGCAACGACGAUUAUUGGUGCAACACAGCGUUGCCAUGCUGGAACAAUGUUGUGACCAUUUGAAACAAUGUCCCAACAAUAUUGCAACGCUGUGUUGCGCUAAAAAUCAUCGUUGUGAAUUGUCUCGUGUAACGUCACCUUUAGAGAGAGUUGGCUGUGUAUACUUCAUUUUGCCAAGUUCAACUUUGCAGCCUCAUCUUUCUAACCAUCAUCAUCAUCAUUAUCAUCAUUAUCAUCAUCAUCUUUUUACCUAUUAUUUACUCAAAGUAUUGAUGUUGGGUAUUCUUUUGUAGAAGCUUCAUCCACACCUGGAAAAGUGGGGUGCCUUGAUCCGCAUCUAUUGUGACCGACCUACUGGUGCAAUAAAAAAGGUACAUACUGAUUUUCUUUUGGGAAAAAGGCCUUCUCCCUGCUGCCGCCUCCUCUUCUUCUCGUCCCCUGGAGCAAGAGGGCCCUGGGGACAAAAAGAAGAGAAACUUAGGGAUUGA